AUAGGAGUUCAAAAUCCGAAGGAGAAGUUCCAUUAGCAAUUUAGGAAGAAGACAUAAAUUUUAAGGGAGGUUUUCAUUCUAACUUAGAGCUAAGCUAUUAUGAUAAUAUCCAUAAUUUAAUAGCAAAUCACAAUAUUUCUAUUCCCUGACAUAAGCAUACAAGCGACUGUCCACAUAGUGCAAAGUAUGGCCUCCGUCCUACCUGCUUCCAAUAGCUGCAUGAGAGCUGACAGGAAGGCAUACGUUGGAAAAGGUUUUGUUCAUGUCAAAAAUCCUCACCUGGAUUCUAUGGAAGAAGACAUUCUUUAUCACCUGGAUUUAGGAACAAAAACACACGACCUACCAGCAAUGUUUGGAGAUGUAAAGUUUGUCUGCGUUGGUGGGAGCCCCAACAGAAUGAAAGCAUUUGCGCUGUUUAUGCACAAGGAGCUCGAGUUGGAGGGAGGUGGAGAAGACGUAAAAGACAUCUGUGCUGGGACAGACAGAUACUGUAUGUACAAAACCGGGCCCGUCCUCUCCAUCAGUCAUGGCAUGGGCAUCCCCUCCAUUUCUAUUAUGCUUCACGAACUCAUCAAAUUACUCCACCACGCGCGAUGCUGUGAUGUCACUAUUAUCAGAAUCGGCACCUCGGGGGGAAUAGGGAUUGUGCCUGGGACUGUAGUAAUAACAGAUACAGCUGUAGACUCCUUCUUCAAGCCCCAGUUUGAACAGGUGAUCUUGGAUAACAUUGUCACCCGUAGUACUGAACUUGACAAGGACCUGGCUGAAGAACUACUCAACUGUAGCAAAGAAAUCUCCAACUUCCCAACCCUCAUUGGACAUACAAUGUGUACCUAUGAUUUUUAUGAAGGUCAAGGUCGGUUAGAUGGAGCAUUGUGCUCCUUUUCCAGAGAAAAAAAGUUGGAUUACUUGAAGAGAGCAUAUAGAGCUGGCGUAAGGAAUAUUGAAAUGGAGUCUACUGUGUUUGCAGCCAUGUGUGGACUUUGUGGUCUGAAAGUUGUGUUCCUUGCUGUUCCAGCUGCUGUGGUCUGUGUGACACUUCUUGACAGACUUGACUGCGACCAGAUCAACUUGCCCCAUGACGUUCUGGUAGAGUACCAGCAACGACCUCAGCUCCUAAUCUCCAAGUUCAUCAAACAGCAGCUUGGACUUCAUGACCAAACAUUAUAAGGAAGUCUCCCAACCCUCCCCUGCAAAUUUAUAGCUCAAGUUGUAAUGUGAACAUCAUAACAUUUGUGGUAUUUUCAUAUAAUUCUCAUUCACAUGUUAAAAUCAUAAUGGAGAGAUUUUAUUAAAUCCUUUCCUCUUAAAAAAGAAAAUGUAUUACUCUGGGAGGCUGAGGGGGGCAGAUUAC